UCUUUAGCUAUAACUUUUUAGCCUAUUAUAUUACAUUAUUAUUAUUUAUCAGAUUAAUAUUAUACGUUGCUUGUUUGACAAUUCGAUACAUAUUAUAUUAAUUAAAUCGUCUACAUUUCUUCAUAGAGCCUACUGACGCAUUUCAUUCUAACUUCUAAGUACUGGGUAGGUAUAUAGUUUUAAUUACGAUACGUUAUUAUUACAAUUCCUCGUAAUAAUUAUUUAUGCAUCCGGAAAACAUUGAACAGUGACAACAAUAAAUACAUAUUCAGUAUAUACCUAUACAUACCUACCAGUAUUUUUAAUUCCCAUCACACGGAGAAAAAAAAUAAAAUCCUUGAACAACGAAAUAAUAUGCAUUAUACAUAUUAACAGCCAACAAAGAAUCAUAAAACUAUAUAACCACUUACCGCUGGUAUUAAUUCGGAGCUAAAGAUUCGGAUUAAUAUUGAUUCCUAUAAUUAUUAUAGUUAAUUUAAAUUGCGUAAGUUACACUCAUGUUAAAAAUGUUUUUAAGUCAUAUUAUAUCAUAAUUAAGUUUUGAGUGUUAUACUAUAAUCGAUAGCCGGUAUAGUCUACACUUUACAGUGAUUUAUUCAUCCGUUAAUUUUACACGUGUAUAUAGUUGUAUAUCCUAUAAUUAUAUUUAAACAUUGAAUUUCAUUUCCGUAAAAGAAAAUAAGAAAUUAAUGGCAAUACAAAACUAAGAAUGGCAUACAACGAUCAAAAGAACGAUUUACAAUUAUGGCUUAAAUCAUUUUUUGGACUUUCUUUCAUAGCUCCAUAUGACGUGGAGGAUGCUUUUGUAGAGCUUAUAAGUACGUGUCCAAAUAUUGCAGAUGGACAACUAUUUUCUGACUAUGUUUUGGAGACGUAUGUUGAACCUGGUUGUUUAUUUCCACCUAUUUUAUGGGCUGAAACGCCAUCACUAAAUCCUAGAACUACAAACGGGGCUGAAAGUUUCCAUAGAACAUAUAACGCCCAGUUUACUAGUGCUCAUCCUCUGACAUUUGUUGUUAUAAGUACGCUUAUGGAAACUCAGGCAGAAACCGUCACUAAUCUAUCAACCAUUUCCAAAGGAAAAAUCAAGCCAAAAUCAAAGGAAGAACUAAAGAAAAUCGAAUUUGUGAAUAAACAACACGAAGAAUAUCUAAAAAAUAAAACACCAGAAAACUUACUUAAGCUAUAAGCCAUAAUUGGAAGUAUGUAUCAGGGCUUUAAAAUUUUAAAUGUAUUAUUUUAUUUAUUAUUUUAUUUUAUUUUAUAAUAUAAUGUCGUA